CAUCAUCAUUUGUUUAGGCAACAAUUGCGUGUUCGCAAGCGGCGGCAAGUCGCACAAGCGACGUUUCAGCGAUGUCUCUGUUUAGGAAACCGAACAGAAAAUUUCGGCAGAGACUGCAUCACAGUGACACCGAAGACGAAGCAGAGGUGACAAAUGUUGAGGAGGAAAAGUCGCCGCCUCGAGUGGAGACGCAAGCGGCGGCGGUAGAGGCAGAGGAAUCGAAGGCGCCGGCGUCGCUACUUAGUUUCGGUGAUGACGACGAAGAGGAGACAGAGGUGUUCAAAGUGCGGAAGUCGACAUACAGCCGACGUCUGGCCAAACAGCUGGAACGUGACCGCAAGAAGAAGCUUCGCGAGGCAACGAAGGUGGAAGUCAAGCCAGAGCCUGAGCCACUACCUUCUGCGCUUCCUGAAAAGCCCUCUGCGCGGCCUUUUAGUGAUGAGCUUGAAAUUAAGAUUAAGAACACAUUCAAGAUCCUCAACUCUGAAGAAAUCAAGGGAUCUGAGAGUGAGGAAGAGGAGGAAGGAGAGGGACCUCAGUAUCGGCGUCUCAGAAAUGUCAUCCAAAGUGGUGUGAUUCCCGAUGCGGCUACUAUCUAUGCUUUGAAAAAGCGAAGACAAAUGGCGCGCGAGAUGGGUGACUUUAUUCCCUUGGAGCAGGAGGACCAAAAAGGACGUGCUGGUGAGGAGGAAGACCAGAGUGAAGACGAGGAGGGUCGCAUCAACUUUACAGUGAACACAGCUGCCAUAGAGAAGCAGCGUGCCAGGGAGGCGCUUAUUCAAGCGCAGGAAGAGCAAAGUGGUGACGAAGUGGCUCGUGAGGAUGUUGCCGAGUUGGAGCGCUGGGAGCAGGAGCAGAUGAAGAAGGGCGUCAGCACUGCACCAGUUGCAGCAGUCCCGACACCAGAGGAACCCUGCAUUGUGCCGGCAUACUUCACAGAGCAGCCGGUCCCUGUGUUAAUCCAGGACCGGCAGAACCUCAGCUCGCAGGCUGUCCUUGAGCGGAUCACAGAUCGGCUCAAUACAGUCCGUGAAAUGCUGGCUCUGCAUCGGCGGCAGAAAACGCAGGCGCUGACUGACCUGGAGGUGUCAGCAGAAGCCUCUGCGCAGCUUCGUGAGGAGCAGCCACAGUUGGAAACAAACUUCCGCUUCUUCCAGGAGAUGCAGUCAUAUGCUGCUGAUCUUAUUGAAUGCCUUGAUGCCAAGACACCCGUGAUCUUGGCCCUGGAGGGACGCAUGAUGUCGCUGUUUUGUCAGCGCAGUGAGAAGCUUGUACAGCGUCGGCACCAGGACAUAAAAGACCAGGCUGAAGAAUGCAACCUUGCAGUGAAGGGUUUGCGGGGACUGCCCGUGGAGCCUAACAAUCGAGGCAGCCAACAGCGCAGUUGGCGGGCUGCUGAGCGAGAGGGCCGCAGAGUGCGCAGACGCAAAGCCCGUGAGGCUCAGCAGCAAGGCUUGGCACAGCAGCGGAAUUUGGCGCAUCAUGAUGGCAUGUCCACGGAUGAUGAGCAGCCUGAUGCCGACAGGCUGGCCUUUGACAAGGAGCGAGAGCUUAUCCUGGAUGAUGCACGGCACGUCUUUGAAGAUGUGACGGAGCACUUCAGCAACGUGGCUUCCCUGAAGCAGAAGUUUGAACGCUGGAAGCAGGACUUUGGUGAAUCUUACGAGCAGGCCUACAUUCCCUUGUGCUUGGUCAAGCUGCUGGUGCCCUUUGUGCGACUGCAGAUGGUUGCUUGGAAUCCCAUUGAGAAGCCUGAGAGCCCAGAAGGCUGUGGAUGGUACGAAGCACUCCUGUUCUACGGCGAGGACACUCCAGAUGACCCUGACCUGUGCCUGCUGCCUCGCGUUGUGGAGCGCGUUCUUCUGCCAAAAAUGGCAGCACUGGCAGAGAAGGUCUGGGACCCCAUGUCCAGCACCCAGACACUGAACCUGGUGCGGACAGCCAAGAAGCUGGUUGAGGAUUACCCAACAGUCAACGCCCAAAGUCGGCACCUACAGAACUUCUUGGCCAAGGUGGCAGCACGUAUUAGUCGAGCUUUGGAUGAAGAUGUCUACAUUCCCCUCUAUCCCAAAGAGGUCCUAGAGAACAGGUCAGGAGCGCCUGCGGCCUUCUUUCACCGCCAGUUCUGGUCCUGCCUUAAGCUUAUGAAGAAUGUCCUCAGCUGGCAAGGCCUGCUGGCUGAGGAGCCACUCAAGGAGCUUUCCUUGUGCAGCCUGCUGAACCGUUACCUUAUUGUGGCCCUGCAGGCCGGCCUCUCUCAAAGGGACACAGUUGAAAAAUGCACCCGUCUGGUGUCAACGUUGCCAACAGCAUGGCUGCGGGGGAGCCCGCUUCCACAGCUGGAAUUGUUAACACGCUUUCUGCGACUCUACCGGCAGCACCUGGAGGGCCUCUGUGCUUCCUCUGCUUUGGGACCGGAUAUGCAUGCCAGAGAUGCGCUGGAAGAAGUUGGAAAGCUUCUGGCCUCACUGACAGACAAGGCCAAAUCAUAGGACAUGUUGGAAAUAAAAGAGGCACUUUUGCAGUGCAACAUCCUU